UACGCGCCUUAUCCUUACAACAUCACCACCUUCACUUCCAUUAAUCCAAUUAUCCUCCUUCAUUUCACAAUGACAACGACGGUGGUGGUGGCGCCGCCGUCAAACUCGCCGGCGCUCCGGCUACUCUCAUCUCUCUCCUCAUCCAGCUCUCUACUCCCACUAACCCAUUACAAAAGACCACUACCGGGUCGGGUCGGGUCAGAAAAUGGGAAGUUUCUUGAUCAUGGGUCGGUCAAAUUGAGAAGACCCAUCAAGGCAAUGGCUUCAUUAGGUGGUUUAUUUGGUGGGAUUUUUAAGAGUACUGACACGGGCGAGUCGACUCGGCAGGAGUAUGAUUCUGUUGUGGCAGCUGUGAAUCGUUUGGAUAAUGAAAUGUGUGGAUUGAGUGAUUUGGAGUUGAGGGAAAGGACUAGUUUGUUGAAAGAGAGAGCUAGGAGUGGUGAUUCUUUGGACUCGCUGUUGCCUGAGGCAUUUGCAGUUGUGAGAGAGGCUUCCAAAAGGGUUCUAGGCCUUCGUCCAUUUGAUGUGCAACUGAUAGGUGGCAUGGUUCUUCAUAAAGGGGAAAUUGCUGAAAUGAGGACAGGUGAAGGAAAGACUCUUGUUGCCAUAUUGCCAGCUUUUCUGAAUUCCUUAAGUGGUAAAGGAGUUCAUGUUGUUACCGUUAAUGAUUAUUUGGCUCGGCGUGAUUGUGAAUGGGUUGGUCAAGUUCCUCGAUUUCUUGGACUGAAGGUUGGCCUAAUUCAACAGGAUAUGACAAGUGAGCAGAGGAGGGAGAACUACUUGUGUGACAUCACAUAUGUCACCAAUAGUGAGCUUGGUUUUGAUUACUUAAGGGAUAAUCUUGCCACGAGUGUUGAUGAGCUUGUUAUGAGGAAAUUCAAUUACUGUGUAAUCGAUGAGGUUGAUUCCAUCCUCAUCGAUGAAGCAAGAACUCCUCUUAUCAUAUCAGGCCCUGCUGACAGACCAAGUGAACGUUAUUAUAAAGCUGCAAAGAUAGCGUCUGCAUUUGAGAGAGAUAUACAUUACACCGUUGAUGAGAAGCAGAAAUCAGUAUUACUUACAGAACAAGGUUAUGUAGAUGCGGAAGAAAUUCUGGAUGUAAAGGAUCUAUAUGAUCCCAGAGAACAGUGGGCAUCAUAUAUUUUGAAUGCAAUAAAAUCUAAAGAACUUUUUCUGAGAGAUGUGAACUAUAUAAUUCGUGCGAAGGAGGUCCUAAUCGUUGAUGAGUUUACUGGUCGAGUUAUGCAGGGGAGGCGGUGGAGCGAUGGACUUCACCAGGCAGUAGAAGCAAAAGAAGGCUUGCCCAUUCAAAAUGAAACUGUUACAUUGGCUUCUAUUAGCUACCAGAACUUCUUUCUACAGUUUCCAAAACUCUGUGGCAUGACGGGCACUGCAGCCACUGAGAGUGCUGAGUUUGAGAGUAUAUACAAGCUGAAAGUUACAAUCGUACCCACAAACAAAGCUAUGAUUAGAAAGGAUGAUUCAGAUGUGGUGUUCAAAGCAACUUCUGGAAAAUGGCGAGCUGUUGGGAUCGAGAUAUCUAGAAUGCACAAAACAGGUCGACCAGUUCUUGUUGGUACAACUAGCGUUGAACAGAGCGAUACAGUAUCGAUGCAGCUCCGUGAAGCUGGGAUUCCCCAUGAGGUUCUCAAUGCAAAACCAGAAAAUGUGGAGCGAGAAGCUGAAAUUGUAGCACAAAGUGGUCGACUUGGGUCUGUCACUAUUGCUACCAAUAUGGCAGGUCGUGGAACAGAUAUUAUCCUCGGGGGAAAUGCAGAAUUUAUGGCGAGGUUAAAGCUACGAGAGAUGCUCAUGCCAAGCAUUGUUAAGCCAGGUGAUGGUGUAUAUGUUUCUGUGAAGAAACCUGUUUUAAAGAAGUCAUGGAAGGUGAAUGAAAAUCUAUUUCCAUGUGAACUAUCAGAAAAGAAUAUUAAUUUGGCUGAGAAAGCUGUUGAGCUGGCUGUCAAAACAUGGGGGCGACGAUCAUUAACUGAACUUGAAGCAGAGGAACGGCUAUCUUAUUCUUGUGAGAAGGGUCCAGUUCAGGACGAAGUAAUAGCAAGUCUGCGCAAUGCAUUUCUAGAAAUCGGCAAGGAGUAUAAGGUCUACACUGACGAAGAAAGGAAGAAGGUGGUAUCUGCUGGGGGACUUCAUGUGGUUGGGACAGAACGCCAUGAGUCACGUCGCAUUGACAAUCAGUUGCGUGGUCGAAGUGGUAGACAAGGAGAUCCCGGAAGUUCUCGCUUCUUUCUUAGUCUUGAAGAUAACAUUUUCAGGAUAUUUGGUGGAGAUCGGAUUCAGGGGUUAAUGAGAGCUUUUAGAGUUGAGGACUUGCCAAUUGAAUCCAAGAUGCUCACCAAAGCACUAGAUGAAGCUCAGAGGAAAGUCGAAAAUUACUUCUUUGAUAUUCGUAAGCAAUUAUUUGAGUAUGAUGAGGUCUUGAACAGCCAAAGAGAUCGUGUGUAUACAGAGAGAAGACGUGCACUAGAAUCUGAUGAUCUUCAGUCUCUAGUUAUUGAGUAUGCUGAAUUAACAAUGGAUGACAUCUUAGAGGCAAAUAUAGGUUCUGACGCUCCGAAGGAAAGUUGGGAUCUUCAUAAGCUCGUUGCAAAAGUUCAACAGUAUUGCCAUCUAUUAAGUGAUUUGACCCCAGAUGUGUUGGCAAGCAACUGUUCAAAUUAUGAGGAGUUGCAGGAUUACCUUCGACUUUGUGGACGUGAAGCUUAUAUGCAGAAAAGGGAAAUUGUUGAAAAACAAAAAUCAGGCUUAAUGAAGGAAGCGGAAAGAUUUCUCAUUUUAAGUAACAUUGACCGGCUGUGGAAGGAGCACUUGCAAGCAUUGAAGUUUGUUCAGCAAGCAGUAGGUUUACGUGGAUAUGCACAACGUGAUCCACUUAUUGAGUAUAAACUAGAAGGCUAUAAUCUCUUCAUAGAGAUGAUGGCGCAAAUCAGAAGAAAUGUUAUAUAUUCCAUAUACGAGUUUAAACCACUGGUGAAUGAUAAGGAGAAAGCACGACUGGAAAAAUCAAGCAAGCCUGUUAAGAAAGGAAAGGGUGGUGUUGGCAAAAAACCUAGGCCAGUUGGCGCUUAAGGCACUUUUUUCAGGUAUAUGAAUUGGUACAUUAAUAUUCUUGAUCUGUCCAUUUUUGUUAAUAUAUUAAUGCAAAUUAUAUAAUGUAAAGCAUUGUAUGUUAUACAUACACACGUCCUGUAUAUCUUAUAAAGGUGUUGUAAUUAGUAUGACAGACGAAUCUAGAAGGCUGGACCUUAAGGAGCCUGUAGUUUGUAGGUUAACGAAAGGCUUAUGUAUUCAACAAGAACAUUCUAUUAACAGUAUAUAGCGGUUAAAUAACAGUUGACUACUAUUUCUGAUCCA